AUGUGCGUGCCAGACAAGACUGUUCCUUCGGAAGGGCUGUCCUCUCUGCAGUUCUUCAAUGACGACACCGCCCUCCUCCAAGUCUGUUUUCUAGGCCUAGCUGGGUCGUGUUUGGCUCGAUUCAGCACUAUGCCUUUUCUGUACUGCAAUCCUGGGGAUGUUUGCUAUUAUGCAAGCCGCAAUGAUAAAUCCUACUGGCUCUCAACGACAGCCCCUCUCCCAAUGAUGCCUGUGCAAGAAGAAGAAAUCCAGCCAUAUAUCAGCCACUGUUCUGUCUGUGAAGCUCCAGCUGUGGCUAUAGCUAUUCAUAGCCAAGAUGUCACUAUUCCACACUGCCCAGAGGGCUGGCGCAGCUUAUGGAUUGGUUAUUCAUUUGUUAUGCACACUGCAGCUGGUGCUGAAGGAGGGGGCCAGUCGCUGGUUUCUCCAGGUAGCUGUCUGGAAGACUUCAGAGCAACACCAUUCAUUGAAUGCAACGGUGCUCAGGGGACCUGCCACUACUUUGCAAACAAAUACAGCUUCUGGCUUACUACCAUUGACCAUCAAUUUCAACACUCACCUUCCCCAGAUACACUAAAGGCUGGACUCAUCCAAACACACAUAAGCAGAUGCCAAGUUUGUAUGAAAAACUUGUAAAAUGGCAAGGAAUAAAACUUUGGUGCAUAUUUAACUUAUUACUUUAAAAUUUGAACAAGAAAUGCAUUUUUAUUAUUAUCUGGAGGAACAACCACUGCAAAUGCUUACAACCAAGCUGUAGUUUCUGCUGUCCUUCACAUUGUUUGCUACUUAGUUUUUGUGUUGAUACAAACAAGACUUCUUCAUGAGGCUUAACUACUAGGCAAGUUUUAAUUCCCUAACCCCUCUGUUGUUCCUCAUGUUUCAUUAAUAGCAUCAAUUGAAUUAUGUUUUUGUUCUGUAUACUUACCACUGAAAACAGUUAAGUCAUGUAGUUCGCAGUCAUUCAAUAGUAAGCAACAGUUAGAACACACUGCAGACUGCACUGUGAUCUACUCAAAUAGCAGAAAUGCAAGUACCAUAUUAAAACCUGACAAAUGGUACUAUAACAAGAGCUUUGCUGAGUGAGGCCCUUCCUCAACUGUAGCCAUCUUUUCUAGUUGUAAGACUUUGACUAUAAGUCAAUGUAAAUUUAAGCAUAUUUUAGGACCUUCUAAUCUCAGUGUCAGUUUGACUAUGAGGCUUGUUUUCUCACUUUUGCCACAACAUUUUAGGGCCAUUCUUUUUUCCUUAAUACUAUCAUGCUCUGUUUAAUAUGCCUAAUUCUUUCCCUAGCCUAGAGAAUAUGAAUAUGCUUUAUGCCCCCCAUGACUCCAAAUGUUAUCUUGAGCAUAAUGUGAGAUUCUUGUGCUCUCUGACCCCAAAACCCACAGAAGGAAUUCCCUAAGCCCAAAGUUUAGUCCUUCCUUGGUACUGCUGAAGGGAUUUCCAAACCAGCAGAGCUAGAAAAGGGAACUGUAUCUCCUCCAGAUGUUGUUACAAUCUACCUUCUGUCAAAUUCAAUCAGCCUGGCCAAUGUGCAGGAAUGGUGUAAUCUGAGGUCCAAAACAAACUGGGGGGCUGCAAGUUUCCCAACGUCCCUUAGCUAGCCUCAGAUUCCCCACCAGUAGAAUAUCUCCUGUGCCAAAAAUAGAGAGCAGCAGCAAAGGAAGGUGUUUGGGAGAUCAUGCCUGGACAGCUAAUGUUUACUACAUUGAAUUGCAGGCUGCAAUCCAAAGCAUUCUUGCUUCCCACUGAACAUGACCUUUCUGAGGAAAAAUGUUUAAGGCUGUAUGGCUAGUCUUUCAUUGCUUCUUGGUAUAGGGAGAAUGGUGGGAAGAGUUAGAAUUGCAUCUAGGAGAAUCAGAUGCACACCACUUUUCUCAUGCAUUGCUACGCUGAUGCUCUGGUUCUGUGCACAUUUCUUUGGCAAGCUGCACCAAACAAACUUGGACUGCAUAACAUAGCAAAAAAAAAACAAACUUAGAUCUUCAAAUUCAUUCCUAAGCUCUGAGAAGCAGAAGGAAAAAGCAGAGGAAGAAUAAAAUCACUGUGAGUGGUUCUCCUCUUGCCUUAAUCCUUCCCCACUCCAGAAGCCCAUCCCACUGAAACUAAGCUCUAGAUCAAAAUGUACCCUUUAAUUUUGAGUCUCUUUUCCUGCUUUUGUGAUAAAUGGGCUUUUUGUAUCAUAAAUAAAAUACUGCAUUUUAUAAUU